CCGAAAUUACUACCGCCUCCCGCCACUAUACGAACGCGAUUGAGAUGAUUGGCGCGAAACUUCUAGCGCAGUCACAGUAGAGAGCGCUGAAAAUAUUUCAAUUUCAAUGCUAACCAUUCCCAAAUUCCUCGUAAUCGUCACCGCCAAUCACCCUAAUAAUCUCCCCAACCCUAUCACUUCCCUCUUCCUCCCACACUCUCCGUUUCUCCCGGGGUUCGCACUCCGCGCAUCCUCCCCCGUUUCGAAACGUCUCUUCCGGUGGACCAGAAAGCCAAACCCAAAGCCAUUUCAGUCCACAAUGCCUGGUUCGUCUAUGUUGGCGGAGUACGCGAAGUCGAACCGGUCAACGUGCAAGGCGUGCUCGAAGGCGAUCGAGUCGAAGGCGCUGAGACUGGGCGUUGUCGCAAAGGGCAAAGGAGGGUUCGACAUUACCAAAUGGCACCACCUCGAUUGCUUCCCUUUCCCCUCUGACUCUGAAUCCCUUCUUGCUUCCCCUGAGGACGCUAUCAAAGGCUUCUCCUCAUUGAAGAGUACUGACCAGGAAGCUUUGAAGAAGAUAUUGGUAGGUGCACAUGACAAGUCUCAACAGAAGGUUGAUAAAGCUAUAGAGGACAUACAAAAAGAUGAAGGCAGGGAUACAAAGCGAAGGAAGCUGUGUGAAUCAGACAUUGAAGCAGUAGAGGAAAUUAACUUUUCAGUUUCUGAAGUGAAGAACAAUUACAAGGAUGCUACCCUCUUACCAAAAUGGAAAGCAUUUCAGACAGUCAUAUAUCUUGAACGGGAUGAUGGCCUGAAUGACUCAAGCAAAAUUGCUGCAUUUGAUUUUGAUGGGUGUCUUGCAAAAACUGCUGUGAAUAAAGUGGGUGCAGAUGCUUGGUCCCUCAUGUAUCCUUCAAUUCCUGAUAAAUUACAAAGCUUAUACAAGGAUGGGUACAAGCUGGUAAUUUUCACCAAUGAAUCCAAUAUUGAACGUUGGAAAAAUAAGAGACAAGUAGCUGUGGACUCAAAAAUUGGACGUCUCAAUAAUUUUAUUGAGAAAGUGAAGGUUCCAAUUCAGGUGUUUAUUGCUUGUGGGGUAGGUAAAGGUAAAGCAGACGGAAAAGACGAUCCUUUUCGCAAACCUAAAUCAGGGAUGUGGCAUCUGAUGAAGCAGCACUUUAACUCCGGCAUUGCCAUUGACAUGGAUCAAUCAUUUUAUGUUGGUGAUGCAGCUGGGAGAGAAUCAGAUCACAGUGAUGCAGAUAUCAAAUUUGCAGAGGCCAUUGGUUUAAAAUUUUUUGUCCCUGAAGAGUAUUUCGAUGCCUGAUAUCAAAUCUCGGAUCAUUUAAAGCCAUGUUUGCUAGACAUUGCUAACUGGGAGUCAUGUAAAUUUACAUGCUAUUGUCUUUAAUAUAUCAGUUGGAAGAAUGUAAAUGGAUUAAUUAUUGUAAUUUAGAUUGUAGGAAUCUAAUUUGGAGCAAUCUUAAAUUUCUUUGUAAUACUGCAAUUCUAUGAUCAUGUCGAGUAAUCAUUUUGAAAUUUAUGGCGUCAAAAGAACCAACAUCGUUGCUGAGUGGUUUUAUGGUUCAUACAUGCA